AGUAAACCUUGAAGAAAACACAAACAACAAUGAGUAACAGUGAGUAUCUCUCACCCCACAUCAGAAGUCCUGUGGAUGGAUGCCAAAGAACUCAUAUCCUGGCUUAUUACAUCCCUGGGUACACCACUGCCCUCCCCUAGAGGCAGAGUUAACACAAGUAAGGUAAUCUUAGAGAGAACAAUACAAACCUAAGGCAUUCUGUGCAUGUUUCUUCUGGGCAACCAGAAAGAAAGUAAAUAACACUGCUAUCACAUAUGAAGACUUACUAUUCUUUCAUCAAUCAAGUAUUUACUGAGAGCCAACCACGUGCCAGCCAUGGUUAGUCAGACUUUAGUUACACUUAGCUAAACAAAAAGUCAAGGAGAGGCAGCUCCUUUCACGAACAGUCUAGUUUCAAGGAAGAUAAUUAAAAUGCUACUACACAUUUCAUGCAUCUAUACGUAAAUUUUUUUUCUUUACCACAUAUACAAUUUAAAAAUCCUCUAUUUUCAUUUAAUAUAAUAUUGUAAAUUCUCAUAUCCUUCCUUUCCUAGUAAACACAUGGUUAUAAGAUGGCUACUCAACAUGCAGCACCAUACCCACAUUCCAGGCAGGGAGGGGAAAGGAGGGCCAAAGAAUACAUGCCCAGUGAGCCCGCCCUGCCCCCAUCCCUACAUCUCUGAACAACUGUCUAAGAAUCAACCCGUAUCUCUAGAUGUGUAUAUAUGUAAAACCAAAAUACUCAGCAGACAAGAUAAACUGAACCAUUUGCCAUAUUAAUAAGAAAAAUAAGGGAGUGCAAGGACGAUACUUCCAAAGAGAAAUAGUAGAUUCCAGCUUACUUGAUGGGUCUGUUAGGCGUCUGCCAAGAAAGAAAAAAAAUCACGUCCAGAAAUACAGCAUUUCAGAAAGUAAAACACCAAAGCACUUUAAAAGGACUUUCACAUGUCACAGAGAUUAUUUCCUCCUCCUCUGGAGAUGUCUCUUGGAGAAAGACAGAGAUGAGGAAGGAAACAACAAACCUUUCUUGGAGCCCAGAUGACGAGGUCAUCUUGCUCCGACUGUCCCUCCCCCACGAGAGAAGGGCUGUCAGAGGAGACGGCGGCGUCCAUCUCAAUCUCAGCGUCAUAGAGAAGAGUCAGGGUCUUUACUGUCAAGGGGCAAGCCAUCCUGUGCUCCCGCAUAUGACUAUAUGUGACACACAGUCACCGACAGUCAGUCUCCCCAAAUCCAAACACACGCCACCACUAGGCACAGUAACACCCUCAGUCACACAUUCUCUCCCUCCUCUCCCCACACAGCGCUGCACAGUGACAAUCCCCACGGGGGCGCAGUCACAGAAGCACCGUCACAAAGCUCCCUAUAGCUGCACAAAUAGGAAUACACGGUCACACAGUCACAAUCACACACCCACCACAGGGACACACAGUCACAGGUAACCCACACCCACACCCAGUGUUACAGACGGUCACACGUUAACAAUCAUACCACGGGGACUCACAGUCACACCCACAUAAAGCUCCUCACAUCCGCAGACGGUAUCACACACACGCAUCACUGGGACACACAACCUCACAACCACCCCUCCUCAGCCCGUUCAUCCAGAACAGACUUAAUACUCAGGCUCCGUUCCCGCCCUGGGCUCUGGACUUUUCACCUUCGGUCACCCCGGGAUCGCGUCAGCGGCCGGGCGGAACCGCUCACAGAGACCAGCACCAGGGUCCAGCCCCGCUCUGCUCAGAACCGCCCGCCUCGCUGUGGGGAAGAGGAGGGGGCGCGGCGCCCUCUGGGAAAUGUAGUUCAGCGCCCCGUUCGCGACGGACAAGAUGGCGCCCAUGUUGAGCCGGGCGAAAGAGACGUCGCCACCCCACACCGCGAGCCUCGAAGCGCACGCUGGAGUCUUCUGGCAAUCCUGGCGUAGCCUCGCACCGUGGCUCCUAGUUGGUGUCAGCCUGGCGAGCUUGAACCGAGCUUGUUAUAACCCAAAGCACACCACUGUCCACUCCCAGAGGUAGUUAACAAAGUGUAACUGAGUCCCGAGACUCGGCCUACUUACACUCGUUCCCCUAUCAGGGAGACAGUCCCACAAGCUCUACCGGAGGAAAGAAAGCGCGAAAAGCUGACUCGAAACACUGAAACUGCUGGGAAAUGUAGUCCACAGUCAUAAAAGUAGAGAACCGCCUGCUGUGGACUGAUGCCGUCCGGUCUCGAGCCCAGGAUUGGCGGAGCCCAGGAGACCUCUGGGAGGGCCAGCCAGCCCAACGAGUGCGCAGGCGCACACUUUCUGGCUCAGCAUCAUCGUCUUUGUCUUCUGGCCGGUUUCCUUGUGCAUGCCCAGGAGCUGCACUUUCCUGAUCCUUCAAAACUUCUGAGCUUUUAGCCUGAGUUCUGGAAUGCUGCUUUGACCGUCGACAGGAAAGUCCAAGUCUGUGUCGCUAUUUAGAAGUUUAAAGUCACUAGUUCAAACAAGAAGAGCAAUGGAUGGUUGAGGAAGAACUGUAAAGGCGGUGUUCUCCAGGUUUUCUAGUCUCAUUUUUCAUAGGUUAUAUUUGCCAGGUUUUCAAAUUUGUUUGCAUAGAAUUGAGCAAAAUACAGGGCCCUACCCCAAUCCACGGGUAAUAGUUUUCAAGACCCCCAGCGUAUACCUGAAACCGAGAAUGGUACUGUUCCAGUAGUCCCCCCUUAUCUGUGGUUUCAGUUCGGACUGCGAUUGACCACAGGUAACUGAAGCCACGGACGGCCAAACGGCAGAAAAGACCUGGGAAAUUUAUAAAUAGAUAAAGACACAACAUGAAAGACUUGUGAUUUAAGUCUUGUCUUUCUCUGUGAAAAUACAGCCAAGGAAAAACUCAGAAAACCUAUGAAAUAGAAAAGUAUUUCCUUUGAGCACAGAUAUUAAUUCUUUAAGACUACACCUCUAUGUAUGGGACUGAGUUUAAAAGAGUUUGGAACAUAAUUUAUACUUAAAUAUGGUAGAAGCUGUUUAAGAAAGAACCAUUAGGAAUAUAAUGAGGAUGCUAUAUUUCACCCCAUUUUGUAAUCACCUAAUCUCAGGAUAACCAAGGUGAAAGUCUUUCAUCAUAAAUUCAGCUUCAUUAAUUUUGGAGUGAAUUAAUUUUGGAGAGAAACCAUAUGAAUUUAGUAAUAUGGAAAAGCUUUCAUCCAUGUUACAUGUCAAUAGAUACUAAGGAAUUUGUGUUGGAGAAAAUAUCUGCAUGAUAAGAAUGUUGGAAAGCCUUCAGCCUGAAUCAGAUCUCCUUCAGCAUGAUCAAAUUCAUACUAGAGAGAAACCUUUUGAAUGUAAGGAAUGUGGAAAAAUGUUUAGCCUGAAGCAAAACCUCAUAGAGCAUAAGAAAAUGCAUACUGGAGAGAAAUCACAUGAAUGUACUGAAUGUGGUAAAGUAUUUUCUCGAGUCUCCUCCCUUACUCUACAUUUGAGAAGUCAUACAGAAAAGAAACCAUAUAAAUGUAAUAAAUGUGGAAAAGCCUUCAACCAGAAGGGAAACUUCCUUUCUCAUCAGAAACAUCAUAUUGGAGAGAAACCUUAUGAAUGUGGGAAAGCUUCUAUUCAGAUUCCAAGCGUCAUUAAACACCAGAGAAAUCAUACUGGAAACAAACCAUAUGCAUGUAAGGAAUGUGGGAAAGCCUUCAAUGGCAAAUCAUAUCUCAGUGAGCAUGAAAAAAUUCAUACAGGAGAGAAACCAUUUGAAUGUAAUCAGUGUGGAAGAGCCUUCAGCCAGAAGCAAUACCUUAUUAAACAUCAGAAUAUCCAUAGUGGAAAGAAACCCUUUAAAUGUAAUGAGUGUGGAAAAGCCUUUAGCCAGAAGGAAAACCUCAUUAUCCAUCAAAGAAUACAUACUGGAGAGAAACCUUAUGAAUGUAAAGGAUGUGGGAAAGCUUUCAUUCAGAAGUCAAGCCUCAUUAGACACCAGAGAAGUCAUACAGGAGAGAAACCCUAUAUAUGUAAAGAAUGUGGAAAAGCCUUCAGUGGCAAAUCAAAUCUCACUGAGCAUGAGAAAAUUCAUAUUGGAGAGAAACCCUAUAAAUGUAAUGAAUGUGGAACAAUCUUUAGGCAGAAGCAAUACCUCAUUAAACAUCACAACAUUCAUACAGGAGAAAAACCCUAUGAGUGUAAUAAAUGUGGAAAAGCAUUCUCUCGAAUUACAUCACUUAUUGUACAUGUGAGAAUUCAUACAGGUGAUAAGCCUUAUGAAUGUAAAAUAUGUGGGAAAGCCUUCUGUCAAAGCUCAUCUCUUACUGUGCAUAUGAGAAGCCAUACAGGGGAGAAGCCCUAUGGUUGUAAUGAAUGUGGGAAAGCUUUCUCUCAGUUCUCAACUCUUGCUCUACAUAUGCGAAUCCAUACCGGAGAAAAACCUUAUCAAUGUAGUGAAUGUGGGAAGGCUUUUAGCCAGAAGUCACAUCACAUCAGACACCAGAGAAUUCAUACUCAUUAAAGCUCUAUGAAUGCCUUGAAUUUAGGAAAACUUUGAAUAGAAUUCAUACUUAACAGUAUAUCAGAAAAUUCAUUUUGCAGUAAAUUGAUGUGAAUGUGGAAAAAUCCUUCAGCAAGAACUCAAAACUUCAAAUACUGAGAAUUUUAAUAAGUAUCAUAGUAUCAUGAAAACCUAUACCCCCAGAACUCCCACAACAAACAUUGUUAAUGCUGUACUUUUAGGAGCAUUGUCAUUGAAGUAAGCAUCCAGUCAUAGAAAAUAAUCAACAGUUCUGGAAGGCCCACCUGGUGCAUUAAGACAAAGAUAUGAGAGGUAUAAAGAUUUGAAAUUAAGAGACAAAAUCGUUCAUUAUUUGUUAUAUGUUUUGCUACAUAUAUAAUCAUCAAAAUUAUUUCCUCUUGAUGCAGUGAUAGAAAACAGAUUGUGACAGAAUGUUGUAUCCAGAAACAUGCAUGUCUUUAUGGGCAAUUGGUCAUUGCGAGAGCUGGUAUCACAAAUUGGUAGGGAAAUCAUGGAUGAUUAAGAAAAUGGUCUCAGGGUAAUUGACACUUCAAAUAUUGGAUCUUUGCUUUUGUCAUAUAUUAAAAUAUUUAUUUAUUAUGAAAUCCGAAAGUAUUGAAGACUGGAAUGCAAAAAGCAAAACUUAGCAAUAUAAACAUUUUAUAGAAUGUUUUCAAACCUUGGGGUAGGAAAAAAUUUCUAAAAUAUAUUCCAGAAUACCCACUCUUGAGUAUAUAUACGUAUACCUGAGAGACUGAUACAUGUACCCGGGGAGUCAUAUACCUUUAUGUUCACUGCAGCAUGAAUUAUAUUAUCAGAAAAUUGGAAACAAAUCUCUGUUCCUUGUGAAAUGGAUGGGUAAAACAUGAUAGAAUCACACAGUAGAAUAUUCUCUAGCGCUUAAGUAUAACAAAUUGAUAUAUAUUAACAGAAAGAUCUGGAAAAUCGUGUAGAUUGAAGAAAAAUGAAGUGAUGAAUAUAUUAUGGUACCUGUGUGAAUUUGAAUUAAAUCAACACUAACCAACACUAGUAUUAAGCAUUGGUUAUGGAUGAACAUUUUUAUGUAAAAGCAUGAAGAAUGGAUUUUAAGGAUAUAUACUCUAUUCUCAAAAGUGGUUGCCUCUAGAAAGAAAGGCAGUAGAAGGGAAAUGGGACCAAGCGUGGCAGUUAAAGAGUACUUCAGUUUUGUAUCUAAAUACCUAUCUCUCAUUAAAAAGAAAUAAAGAUUACAAGUAAAUAUAAGAAAAUGUUAGUUAAUUCCAGGUUGUGGUAAUAUGUAUGUUUAUUCUAUUGUUUCUGCUGUUUUCUUCUAAACUUCUGAAAAUUAAAAAAAGAGAUAGGAGUAGGGAAGCUAUACAUGAAGCACUUGUUAUAUUGGACUGACAUUCCCAGUCAGAUGCUAAUAUUUUAUGGAAAAUAUCUCUAAAAUCAUAGCUUUACUAUAAAUUUUGAAAUAAUUUUUUAAUUGAGAUGGUAGCUUAACAAAUUGAAUUAUUUAAAUUUACUCUCAUAUCACAUCACUAAUUUGUGUGUGGUCUACUCAGAAGUUAUAGCAUGAUUUUGCAACAGGUUAGUUGGAUCCCACGUACAUUUAAGGAUCAAAUCAACUUAAUAAUACAUGCACAGACUUGGCAGAAAGAAAUUAGUUUUUACUGAAACAUCAGAAAUUUUGAUACUCCACAUAACCAGUAUUGGCAUUAGAAAUUAGACAGUUUUUUAAAAUGAGGAAACCAUCUUACUCUUAAAUUUUUUUAUAUGUGUCUAAGUAAAACAUCAACUCUUGCAUUUCAGCUUCAAUUUUAACAGCAGACUAAUUUUUUUCUCUAUUCGCCCAGACACAAUUAGUCAGUCCCCUUCUUGUUUGUUUCCUUGGGAAAAUGGUGCUGAAAAGGGACAUAUCAGACCUAAACAAUAUUCUUUUAAUUAAAACAAAUCUUUUUGAGGAUUUUUGUUUACUUGAUGCCUUUCCACAAUAAUUUGACAUAGAAAGUUAAUAGUACUUUUUUGAAUAGUGAUAAAAACGAAUAUGCAACAUUUAAACCUUAGGCUGAUUUCAACUAUAUUGAUUUCUUUUAAGCACAAAAUAAUGAAAUGCUAAUAGAACUGUUAGCACUGUACUGCUUGUUACUAGCUUUUUUAAAGGUAGGUCUUGAGAUAAGAUUAUAAAUGCCAGGGGUUAAUUUUCUGAGGUAAUGUACCUAAAUAACAUCUGUAUCUAUGUAAAUCUAAAUUAUCCUCUAUUUUCUUCCAUUCCUCAUUAAUCAUUCUCUCAUAUUCCUGAAGUGUACUGCUCUUGUGCUUGUGCAGCUUUGAAGUCACCAGACUAACUAGGAACUCUUAAUUCAGACCAAACUAGGACUACCUUUUGGUGCUUAUAGUUGCCCAGUGCCAAGCCCCAGCAACAAGAAUGAUUAUGAUGGUCAGAUAGGGUAAGAUGAGCAAUCACUGCACAGUAUUCUGUGAUAUCAUGUACUGUAAGUUUAUUCAGCCAUUCUCCUACUGAUUCAACUUGUUGCUAGUUGUUUGCCACCACAAACAACACUACAGUAAACACCCUUAUAAUCAGCCUUUGUAUUUCAGGUAUUUUUAUUUCUGGAGGAUAGAUUACAAGCAACAGAUUGCUAGAUCAAAGGAUAUAUGCUGUUUUAUCAUUUUAAUAGAUACUAUCAGUCAUUUUCAAAAACGUGUUCUCUAGCCCUGCAAUAAGUGGUAGUAUACUAUUUAAAUUCAUGCUUUUCUGAUAAGUAUAAACCUUACCUACUCCUAGAUUUGCUUCUUUGUAAAUUUUCCUAUUGUAAAUUUUUGUAGCCUAUUUUCCUAUUGGGUUAUCUUUCUCAAUUUUGAAACCUCGUCAUAAAUUAGACAUUAGAAAAUUGUCUAAUUUUUGUCAUAAAAAUUUCCAUAAAAAUAUUUUCUAACAUUUUUUUUAAA